CGGGUAAUCAUGAUUGCGUGCCACCAGUUUAAAAGCACUGCCCACCCUCCACUGCCCCCUCUCGUCUUUGCUUCUUCCGCUUCUUCUCCUGCCGGAGAAAGCUUCUCCGGCUUCUGCUAAGGUUCAAGACCUUGGAACAUCCGCGGCAGGAAAGAUGUCGACAAUCAUCAUGAGAGUCGACCUAGACUGCGACAGAUGCUACAAGAAGAUCAGGAAGGUCCUCUGCAAGCUCCAAGACAGAGAAAACAUCAAGUCGAUCUCGUACGACGAGAAGAGCAGCACGGUGACGGUGUCCGGGUCGUUCGACGCCGAGGAGGUCUCCGACAGGCUCCGCUCCGACGCCGGCAAGGUGAUUACCGACAUACAAGUCGUCCGAGGGAACCAGAUCAUGAAGCCCGGCGCUGCCAAGGCGGCGCCCAAGCAGCCCGGGAACGGGAAGGAGAGCCAGGGCCACGGCCACGGGUCACACGGACACGGCAACAGCCACGGCGGCGGCGGUGGCGGCAAGCCGGACAAGACCAAGCACGUCAAGUUCGACAUGGACGACGACCACGAGGGAAUCAGCAAGCAUGCCGGCCAUGGCCAAGCCCAAGCCCAAGGCCACGGCCACGGCCACGGCCACGGCCACGGACACGGACAGGCCAACAAGCCGAGGGUGGUGACCACGACCGCCAUGUCACGGAUGGAGGGCCCGCACGCGCAUCAGCCGGCGUCGAUGACGGCGAUGGCGCCGAUGCGGAUGCCCAUGCCAGCGCCGAUGCCGGGCAUGACAAUGAUGCCGCAGGCGAUGGCCACGCCGUCCAUCUGGCCGCCGCCGGUCGCCGCCGCCCCGGAGUGGGGGUACAGCGCCCCGCCGUAUGGGGGGCCACCUGGCGGCGGGUACGGGCCGUACGGCGCGCCCGCGUAUGAACACGGCGGGUACGGGCCGUACGGCGGGCACGGCAGGUACCCGGCGUACCAGCCGCAGUACUACGAGGAGCCCAGCGCCGGGUGCAGCGUCAUGUGAUGGCGCCGCGCGUCGACCGCGACGGGUCAUCUGACAAUCUUGGCGACCGUGCUUUGAUGAGCACAGCACGCACGAAUGGAUACGUUUAGUUGAGGAGGCGUGCAGGAAAACCUUCUACUACUAGUGAAUUUCUACCUCCUUUUGCGUUUUGGUUUUCCUUCUUCUUUUCUUGGUUGCUUGGUGUGUCUUAUGAAUACGAUCGUAUCGCGUCGUUGUCUAGUUCGCGUGUUAUAUGGCCAUAGAUAUGUAUUACUAGCGUAGUUAAUUUAUGAAUGUGAAGCGGUUGCUCCCUCUAAUGUACUGUAAAGCUCAACUUAUAUGAGAAUGCUAGGUUGUCUGAUCUUUAA